AACAAGGCGAAACUCUAUAGAAGCUCGUGCACAAUAAAUAAAAUGAUUACUUUAAUAUUUGUGAUUUUUUUAUUCAUCGAAUUAUUUUCGUUCACAUCAACUGAUCAAAUGUUGGAAAUGGUUCAGACGACUCAACUUUCCAUUGAACGAUAUUACAUAACAACAGAUGAUGGCUACAUUUUACGGCUUUAUCACAUUCCACCCGUACCAAAUGUAACCGAUAAUACGAAGCAUCCGAAAAAACCAAUGUUCUUCAUGCAUGGACUGCAGUCAUCGUCUUUGGAUUAUAUCGUUUAUCCAAACAUAUCAAUGGGAUAUUAUUUUGCACAGCGCGGCUUUGAUGUUUGGUUAGGCAAUGCUCGUGGUAAUACAUUCUCACGAAAUCAUACCACACUUGAUCCAAAUCGAUGGCAAUUUUGGAAGUUCAGUUGGCACGAAAUUGCUAUUUACGAUUUGCCAGCGAUGAUUGAUUUUAUUUUAGCUAGAACCAAUCAGAGUCAAUUGAUUUAUGGCGGUCAUUCACAGGGUGGUGCGGUGAUUUUUGCAUUGCUCAGCGAACGACCCGAAUACAAUGCGAAAAUUUCAUCAGUGCAUGCAAUGGCAGCCGCUGUAUUUAUGAUAAACAAUAACGCACUGUUGACACCGCUCUUGGAAAAUUUGAACGAAAUAAAGAAAUUUAUAGAGCAGAAUCAAUUUUACGAAUUCAACAGCUUUCGAACAAAUUCAAAGUUUCUCCAGCCGCUAGGUGAAAUAUGCAUCAACCCAUUCUUUGCGGAGAUUUGUAAAUGUGUAUUAAGCUACCUUUUUGGCGAAUUUGCACCGAACAGCUAUUAUGAUGAGUUGCUGCGCGAGUAUGCAGCGAUUAAUCCUAGCGGUUCAAGCUAUCUGCAGUAUGUUCAUUUCGGGCAACUUUUUAUAUCGGGGCGAUUCCAGAAAUUUGACUAUGGACGAAAUCGAAAUAUGAAAUUGUACAUGAGUCGAAAGCCACCAGAAUACAAUCUAUCAAAUGUUCAAACCAAAGUGCAUAUCAUGUAUGGAGACAAUGAUGCCUUAGUUCAUCCUGAGAGCAUUCCGAAAUUAAUAAGCAAAAUAAAUAAAACGGUGGUUGCCGUUGACAAAAUACCGUAUUUUAACCAUUUAGAUUUUGUAAUGGGACGCCUGGUUCAUAAAGUGCAAUCAAUCAUUUUACGUGUCAUAAAUGCUCAUGCAUAGCAGAAGAAAAAAAAUCCGGUCCAAAAUCCAACUGACGACCA